AUUUAAAAUUUUCCGUUCACUUAUCGUUUUUUAACGAAAAAGAUCGUCCUGUUCCUUGUUUCCAGAAGGCAAUAGUUUCGCGCAAGAGCCGCCAUUGGAGCCACUAGUGUAACUAUCGGAAAAUAAAAAGUUCUUUGAAUCCGGUGUUGCCGGUACCGGCAAAUGCGAUAGGGAUCCGUCGGGCUAUCUAUAUCUAGUAAGCUUCAAAGUGUGGGCAAUGUCUGUGCGCCGUAGCUGCGGCAGUGAGCUGUGAGGAGUGACGGAAUCCAAGAGAGAGUGUACAUUAGUCUUGAGAAGCAGUUAUGCUCUACAUAGUCUCCCUUUUCAGAAAUAUUUGUGCCUCUUUUUUGGAAACAGUGAAUACGGAUUACUGAGCAGACAGCUUGAUUUUUAAGUAUGGCGAUGGAGAACGAUCAGGAUCUCCGUGAUCGUAUAAAUUCUUUAGAAAAGAGGCUAGACGACCAAAAUGAUGAAAUGGUGUGCCUUCGUUCCACUUUGGCUGACGCGUUGCGUCGAAUUGGUGCAAUUGAAACUCGGAGAGGUCCCAGCCCGUCCAAAGAACCAGUUCAUCGUCGUUUGGCUCAAAGCGUGAGCUCAUUGACAGACUGCAACACGCCUAUCUCAUCUCAAAUACCACGAGACGUGUCACGACGUCAAUCAUCCUCUGCUAAUGCGCCAAUCGCACACAGCCGGAAUUCGAAUAUGUCUCGGUCAAAUGGGUCACUAGUGUCCGAAUGCCCAAGCUCUAGCAGUGCGUCGCCUGCACCGUCACCGUCUCCGACAUCACGGCCACAACAUGUACAGUUCAACAGUUUGAUUUCCGAUAUUGGGCACGGUAGAACCAGAACGCCUAAUUCUUCUAUGCGAACAUCGUUUGUGUCAACACCGAAUAGUUUGCAAACCGCUAAACGGUGGAGUUCAACCAGUGACUUUGUACCCACUAACGGUCUCAUGUCAAGAAAAUCAGAUUCCAAUUCGUUGCUUAACCUCAACGCAAAAAAUCCUGUUGGAAACAUGACGAGAUAUGGGACGCGCAGUGCCGUUUACAGCAGUGACGAAGGUUUCGUCAAGUUUCCCUUUAAAGGUCGCAACAUCAAUCUUUACAUUCCCAGCGCACAACGGGAAACAUAUUCGUCGUCGAAGACUUUGCCACUCCCGGAUGCAAAACUAAAAAUGGAAUGGGUUUAUGGAUAUCGCGGAAAGGACUGCCGAUCAAAUUUGUAUCUUAUUCCAACCGGCGAACUGGUCUACUGCAUUGCGGCUAUUGUCGUACUUUUCGACGCCGAAGAGCACGGACAGCGAUUUUAUCUUGGCCAUACUGGCGACGUGAAAUGCUUAGCUGUUCAUCCCAACAAGUUAUUGAUUGCGUCCGGCCAAACAGCUGGUCGUGAUCCUUACGAAGGCACGCCCCAUGUUCGGAUAUGGAAUUCAGUCAGCCUUCAAACCCUUUUUGUCCUUGGGCAAGGAGACUUUAGCAAAGCUGUUUCAUGCGUUGCAUUUUCAAAAGCGGAUGGUGGCAGCAUGUUACUGAUUAUAGAUGAGUCGCCAGACCAAACGUUAUCCUUGUGGGAGUGGCAAAAGGGGGAAAGAGGGCAAAGGAUUGCGGAAACAAGGUGCUCUUCGGAUUUGGUAGUGGCAGUUGAAUGGAAUCCCGUUCCGAGAGAACGUUUCGCCUUUGUUACUAGUGGAAAAGGACACGUGUGUUUCUGGUCCCUCGAAAAUGGUACAUUAGGCCGCAAGCUAGGCGUCUUCGAAUCACGUGAUAAGCCAAAAUAUAUUACCUGCCUGGCAUUCGCUGAUAACGGAGACUGCAUUACCGGCGAUUCCAAUGGAUCUCUCAUAAUUUGGUUAAAAGGAUCAAAUGUGGUUCAGAAAACCAUUCGUAACGCGCACGAAGGACCCGUUUUCUGCUUGCUUACCCUAAAAGACGGGCGGCUUGUCUCCGGAGGCGGUAAAGACGGUCAACUAGUUCUCUGGGAUUUGCCAUCGUAUCGAAGGACGGGAUACAUUACAGAAAUUCCGGAGAAGUAUGGAAAUGUGCGCGUUGCCGUUCAAGGAAAAGGAUCGCACAUCUUAGUCGGCACGACGCGGAACUGCAUAUUGAGAGGCAGCUUUGACAUACCAUUUACACCUUUAAUGGUUGGUCAUACGGAGGAAUCAACGGGCUUGUGCGUUCAUCCCUCACAGUCACAGUUUUUGUCUUAUGGCUACGAUGGACGACUUCAGCUGUGGGACACCAUGAGUCGUACCAUAAUUUGGGGCAAAGAUAUCGGAGACCCGAUACAGUCAGCCUGUUUUUCGCCUGAAGGCCAAGUCCUUGUUAUUGCCAGCACUUCUGGAAAAUGGUUUGUCAUGGAUUCACAGACCCGAGAUAUCUAUGCAACGCAUAUGGAUGGCACUGAGCCAAUUCAGGUAGCGAAAUUUUCGCCAAAUGGCAAGAUGUUGGCCAUAGGAUCCAAAGAUGCAUCAAUCUACAUCUACCAAGUCUUGGAUAAAUAUCGAAAAUAUUAUAGAGUGGGAAAAUGCGUGGGCCACACGGGAUUUGUCAGCCAAAUGGAUUGGGCCUGCGAUAAUUUACAUCUUCAAACAAAUUCUGGAGAUUGUGAAUUACUAUAUUGGAAUACAGGAGUUUGCCGUCAAAUAACGCAACCGUCCAGUAUGCGAGAUAUGGAGUGGGGCUCAGUUACGUGUCCAAUUGGCCCCACCUCUUUCGGAGUUUUAUCCGAAGGAAAUGAGGGAACUGACGUCAAUUCAUGUUGCGCAUCUCAUUCCAGGAAACUUUUAGUCUCAGGAGAUGAUGGAGGUCGCCUUAAGUUAUUCACGUAUCCUUCAUCUCAACCCAAAUCGCCUUGCCAUUCCUACCAAGGACACAGCAACAUUUCGUGCGUUUGUUUCUUAUCAGAUGAUACACGAGUUUUGUCGGCUGGAGGCCGAGAUUCAUCAAUAAUUCAAUGGACUGUAGAAAGUUCGUAGGGUCAUCCUGGGUAUGAAAUUUGAACGUGAAGGUGAAAUGGGAAGUUUAUUGCCUUGCCACGUUUGUUGUGCUAUAUUUUUAACGUUAAUUUACAGAUCUUUUAUUCUUGAAAGAAAUAAUAUCCAAUGCACUAAUUUUGUAGCUGUAUUUCAUCAUUAUC